AUGUCAGUGUUCUGCCUGGAUCUCAGAGCCUGGAUCUCAGGAGACAGCCCUCCACAUGUCCCAUCAGGGGAGCUGUCCACAGACGUGGUGAUCCAAGUCAUCAGCAACAUGACUCAAACCAUCAGGGAGUUCCUCUUAGACAUGCCGGUGUACCCCGCCCUCGGGAACCACGACUACUGUCCCCAGGUUGUCAUUGCUCAUGUUCCAUUGGGUUACUUCCCCUAUGCCAGGAACACCAAGGCCGUCAGAGAACUCUACAGUGAGAGACUUGUGAAUAUAAUUCGCAACUCCAGGGAGAUCAUCUCAGGGCAUUUCUAUGGCCACACUCACAGAGACAGCAUAAUGUUCUUGCAGGAUCAGCAAGGGGAGCCGGUUAGUUCCCUGUUUGUCACACCGGCUGUUACUCCAAUCAAAAAGCAGAAGUACUCCAACAAUAGAGCCUUCCACAUGUAGCAUUAAGACCCAUAGGACUACGGGCUGCUGGAUAUUUGGCAGUACUACUCGAAUAUCAUCAAAGCAAAACAAGAAAAAAGAUCUGAUUGGAAACUUGAAUACGUAAUCACUGAACCACUUGGAUGAAAGGAUAUUCAACCACACAGCUUGUUUCAACUUGCCCUGAGUUUUGAGUUGGGGCAAAGUGAAACGUUUCAGAAGUAUUUUCGCCAUUUUAUGGUGAGCUAUGAUGAUACCAUUGUGUGUGAUGGGGCCUGCAAGCUGACUCAGGUCUUUGCGGUGCAGUCCUUGGACUAUACCUCCUAUAUCAAACAUAUUGAAAAGGGACACUAA